AUGUCGUUUGCGCCUCCUCCCGGAUCAACAAGAUUAGCAAACACUCAAUUAAGUGGGAAAAAUAAUAUAAACAGUAGCAAUAACAACAACAACAACAACAAAAACAACAUCAAUAAAAAGAUAAAACAAUCAAGUCAUUAUCAAUCACAUUUUGACGAAUCCUUAGAAGCUGCCUUAGAUUCAUUAGAAUUGGGAGAUAUUCCAGAUUCUGGAAGAUCAUCGGUGGAAAGUUUCGAAUUACAUACUCUAAAUAACAAUAACAACACAAGCCAAUCAAAUAAAAAUAAUAGUACUAAUAAUACUAGUAGUACGCCCGAUUACAGGGAAAACGUAGAUUUAAGCACCACUAAUACCAACAAUAAUACUGAUAAUAACAUAAUAAAAUCAAAAAAUAUCAGUAUUCCUAAUUUCAUCUCUAUGUUUUUUUCUAGGGUUUCCGCUAAACAACCGUAUAGUAAAAUUGAAUUAUCAGAAGGAAAUGUAGAAAGAGAAAUUCAACCUCAUACAACACCGGUAUUUGAUAGAAACAAGUACCCAUCAAAUGCUAUUUCAAAUGCAAAAUAUAAUCCCAUUACUUUUGUUCCAAUAAUCUUGUACGAGCAAUUUAAAUUUUUUUUCAACCUAUACUUUUUGUUAGUAGCAUUGUCUCAAACUAUACCAGCUUUAAGAAUAGGUUACCUUUCGUCAUAUGUUUUGCCUUUAGCCUUUGUUUUGGCAGUUACGAUGAGUAAAGAAGCCUUAGAUGAUAUCCAAAGAAGAAAAAGAGAUAAAGAAUCCAAUAAUGAACUUUAUGAAGUAAUAAAUCAGUCUAAAUUAGUUCCUAGUAAAGAUUUGAAAGUUGGUGAUUUAGUUAAAUUGCAUAAAGGUAUUCGAAUUCCGGCCGAUAUGAUUUUAUUGCAAAGUAGUGAGGCGUCUGGAGAAACUUUUAUCAAAACCGAUCAAUUGGAUGGAGAAACUGAUUGGAAAUUACGUGUCUCUUGUCCGGUAACCCAAAAACUGUCAAAUGACCAAUUGAUUAAUAAUAUCACCAUUGUUGCAGAAGUGCCACAUAAAUCCAUUCACACCUUUACUGGGAAAUUAACGUUCAAUGAAACCACCUCGCAUGCGUUAACUGUUGAUAACGCUUUAUGGGCAAAUACAGUUCUAGCAUCCACAGGGACCUGCAUUGGUUGUGUUAUUUACACCGGGAGUGAUACGAGACAAGCAAUGAAUACAACAACGCCUAAGGUGAAAACCGGACUACUAGAGUUAGAAAUCAAUAAUCUUUCCAAAAUUUUAUGUUUGUCUGUUUUUAUAUUAUCUAUUCUUUUGGUGCUAUUUGCUGGUUUUGACAAUCCAGAUUGGUAUAUUGAUGUAAUGAGAUAUUUGAUUCUAUUUUCCAGUAUUAUACCUGUUUCUUUACGAGUCAACUUGGAUUUGGGGAAGUCAGUGUACGCUUAUCAAAUAGAACAUGAUACUUCUAUUCCAGAAACAAUUGUGAGAACAAGUACUAUUCCUGAGGAUUUGGGUCGUAUUGAAUAUUUGUUAAGCGACAAAACUGGUACAUUAACUCAAAAUGAUAUGGAGUUGAAAAAACUACAUUUAGGUACGAUUGCAUAUACUCAAGAAUCAUUUGAUUUAUUGCGGGAUAGUGUCAGUUCUGUAACUGAGGGUGUAUCUUCUCCUGGGAACGUUGCCACUAGCAACAUUGAUGGCAGUACUAUUGGCAUGGGUACCAACAAAAUUAACUCAAGAAGAAACAUUAAUCAAAGAGUUUAUGAUAUGUUAAUAACCUUGGCUUUAUGCCAUAACGUUACUCCAACAUUUGAGGAUAACGGGGAAUUGAGCUAUCAGGCAGCUUCGCCCGAUGAGAUUGCCAUUGUAAAAUUUACGCAGGAGGUUGGGCUCUCCUUAUUUAAAAGAGAUCGUGAGUCUAUCACCUUAUAUCAAGAAGCCAGUAAGUCUUAUUUGGAAUACAAAAUUUUGUAUGUUUUCCCGUUUAAUUCAGAUACCAAGAGGAUGGGGAUUAUAGUCAAGAGUCAAUCGCCCGCUCAAGAUGACUACUGGUUUUUGGAAAAAGGAGCUGAUACUGUAAUGACGAAGAUAGUUGCUAGUAACGAUUGGUUAGAAGAAGAGACAGGGAAUAUGGCGAGAGAGGGGUUGAGAACUUUAGUGAUUGGCAGAAAGAAAUUGUCAGCGUCGAAAUAUAAAAUUUUUUCUUCCGAAUACGAAAAGGCAUCUUUAUCCAUGAUUAACAGGGAUGAGGCCAUGAGCAAAUGCAUCACUAAAUAUUUGGAACACGAUUUAGAACUAUUAGGGCUAACUGGUGUUGAAGAUAAAUUACAAAAAGAUGUUAAAACUUCCAUUGAAUUGUUGAGAAACGCAGGUGUUAAAAUUUGGAUGUUGACUGGUGAUAAAGUGGAAACAGCCAAAUGUGUUUCCAUUAGUGCGAAAUUAAUAUCACGUGGUCAAUAUGUUCACACGAUUAUUAAAAAAAGCAAGCCUGAAGAGAGUGCCUUAUCAUCUUUGGAAUACUUGACAGUAAAUAAAAACGCUGUUCUUAUAAUAGACGGUGAGUCUUUGGGUAUGUACCUGACUUACUAUAGGGAGGAAUUUUUCAAUGCGGUUAUCCAAUUACCUGCUGUAGUUGCAUGUCGUUGUACUCCACAACAAAAGGCAGACGUUGCCAUGUUUAUUAGACAGUUUACUGGCAAAAGGGUUUGUUGUAUUGGAGAUGGUGGUAACGAUGUUAGCAUGAUCCAAUCUGCUGAUGUUGGCGUUGGGAUUGUGGGUAAAGAGGGGAAACAGGCAUCUUUGGCUGCUGAUUUUUCUAUUUCCCAGUUUUGCCAUUUAACCAAAUUACUGUUAUGGCAUGGUAGAAAUUCUUACAAGAGAUCAGCAAAAUUGGCACAAUUUGUCAUGCAUAGGGGGCUAAUCAUUUCAGUUUGUCAAGCCUUGUAUUCCAUUUGCUCGUCAUUUGAGCCUAUUGCAUUAUUUCAAGGUUGGUUAAUGGUUGGCUAUUCUACAUGUUACACCAUGGCACCCGUUUUUUCUUUGACCACUGACCAUGAUAUCGAUGAAUCCUUGGCGAUUAUAUAUCCUGAGUUAUACAAAGAAUUGACAGAGGGUAAAAGUUUGUCAUAUAAAACAUUUUUUAGCUGGUGUUUGUUAUCUUUAUUUCAAGGUAUUGUUAUUCAAGGAUUUGCUCAAAAAUUCACUAGUAUCUUGGAAAUUGAUUUUACAAAGAUGGUCGCCUUAAGUUUUACAGUUUUAGUUAUGAAUGAGUUAACAAUGGUUGCGUUGGAAAUUAAAACUUGGAAUAAAACAAUGGCCAUUGCUGAAAUUCUAACGUUUAUUUGUUAUUUUGUAACAGUUCCCUUUUUAGGUGAAUAUUUUAAUUUGGAAUAUGUUUUAACUGUUCAAUUUCUAAUACAAAUGGCCCUGAUUUUAGGCUUAUCUAUUAUCCCAGUUUGGAUAGCAAAGGCAAUUUAUAGAAAAUUCAAUUUGCCAACAUAUGUAAAAGUGCAACAGUUUUCCACAUGA